GGGAGACCGGAUAUAGUGAAUGCAGGGUCUGGGGAGACCAGAUAUAGUGAAUGCAGGGUCCGGGGAGAGCGGAUAUAGUGAAUGCAGGGUCCGGGGAGACCAGAUAUAGUGAAUGCAGGGGUCCGGGGAGAGCGGAUAUAGUGAAUGCAGGGUCCGGGGAGACCAGAUAUAGUGAAUGCAGGGUCGGGGAGAGCGGAUAUAGUGAAUGCGGGGUUCGGGGAGAGCGGAUAUAGUGAAUGCAGGGUCCGGGGAGAGCGGAUAUAGUGAAUGCAGGGUCCGG